CUGGCUUAUUUUUACUGUGAGCUGCAGCCUGAGAGGUAAUGGGAGAGACCCUCAGCCCAGGAGAGGUAGAGAGAGACCCUCAUCCUGGGAAAGGAAGAAACAGAAAGACCCUUAGCCUGGGAGAGGUACAGAGAGAUAGACCCUCAGCCUAAGAGAGGUAAAGAGAGAGACCCUCAUCCUAGGAAACGAAGAGACAGAUAGACCCUCAGCCUGGGGGAGGUAGGUAAAGAGACUUUCAACCUGAGAGGGGUAAAGAGAGAGAGACCCUCAUCCUGGGAAAGGAAGAGACAGAAAGACCCUCAACCUGAGAGAGGUAAAGAGAGACCCUACUCCUGGGAAAAGAAGAGAGAGUCCCUCAGACUGAGAGAGGUAAAUAGAGAGAGGGAAAGAGACAAUCUCAGCCUGGGGAAGAGAGACCAUCAUCCUGUGAAAUUUAAAAAUACAAUUUAGUUUGGAGGACACCUUGGGGUUGGAAAAGAGACACUCAUAGCAUAAGGGAGAGAGGCUGAGGUCAGUAAGUGAGACACCCAUUGGUCCUGGGAGGGGGAGGGAGACCCUAUGCCUGACACAGUGCCCUUAAUAUUUAUGUACAAGAGCCUGAGCUUGAAGAGACCCCCCACUGAGAAAUACAGUGCUAUAAGAGAGGCACUGUUAGAGUGUCAGUGAUCACAGAUUUGAUCACAGGUGACACGGGACUGUUCAGGAGAGUGGCAGUGAGCAUAGACUCGGUGAAAGAGUCAGUGAUUCUACAUGUAGUGGCAGAAAACAGAUUACCACUGGUCGCAGAUUUGGUGACAGAGUGCCAGUGAUACCCAGAUUUUGUGAAAAAGAGAGUACCAGUGAUAACAGAUUUGGUGACAGGGGAUAGAGAGAAUACCAGUGAUCCCAGAUUUAGUGACGGAGAGAGUGCCAGUUAUCCCAGAUUUGGUGAGAGGAGACAGAGUACCAGUGAUCUCAGAUUUGGUGAGAGGAGACAGUAUCAGUGAUCUCAGAUUUGGUGAGAGGAGACAGAGUACCAGUGAUCUCAGAUUUGGUGAGAGGACACAGAGUGCCAGUGAUCCCAGAUUUGGUGACAGGAGACAGAGUGCAGGUGAUCCAAGAUUUGGUGAGAGGAGACAGAGUACCAAUGAUCCCAGAUUUGGUGAGAGAGAGACAGAGUACCAGUGAUCCCAGAUUUGGUGAGAGAGAGACAAAGUACCAGUGAUCUCAGAUUUAGUGAGAGGAGACAGAGUGCCAGUGAUCCCAGAUUUGGUGAGAGGAGACAGAGUGCCAGUGAUCCCAGAUUUGGUGAGAGGAGACAGAGUGCCAGUGAUCCCAGAUUUGGUGACAGGAGAAAGAGUAUCAGUGAUCUCAGAUUUGGUGACAGGAGACAGAGUGCCAGUGAUCCAAGAUUUGGUGAGAGGAGACAGUAUCAGUGAUCUCAGAUUUAGUGAGAGGAGACAGAGUGCCAGUGAUCCCAGAUUUGGUGAGAGGAGACAGAGUACCAGUGAUCCCAGAUUUGGUGACAGGAGACAGAGUGCCAAUGGUCACACAUGUGGUGACAGUAAGAGUGCAAGUGACCAGAGAUUUAGUGACAAGAGGCUGUUAGGGGAGAGUGAUCCCAGAUUGGUGCGAGGUGUACAGAGCUCAGUAUCAGAGAAAGGGGGGCUGGAUUUAGAGGAGGGACAUCCCGUCAGCCGGCAAGGAGGCCCCGGAUCCCAUAUGGAGGAGAGAUUCUGACCUGUCACACUCCCAAGGAUACAGCAGUUAAUAUCCAUGGAUCGGGAUGAACCAGUUGCUAACUCUGAAAAGGUGCAAGGAGAAAGAACAUGACACAGUCACAAUAGGAACAAGCCUGCGUGGGAAAUGACUAACUCUUCUCUAUUGUUAUUUGUUUCUCUUCAGGGUCGCACCGCUGCCCUCCUCUUAAUCUUCGCAUUGGUCACAUUCCUUAUUAUAUUGGGUUCAAACAACACAGAUGAACCAUUCAACUACAGAGACUUAAAAAUCAAACAUCACAAUCCACCAAACAUCAGGAAAUGGCAUCUGCAGGAUGGAUACAUCUCUGUGUCGGGGAACAAGACACUUCAUCCCAAGUGCAACAGCUGUGUUAUUGUCACAAGUUCCAGUCAUCUGCUCAACACUGGUCUUGGUUACACAAUUGACCAAUCAGAAUGUACAAUCCGUAUGAACGAUGCUCCAACAACUGGCUACGAAAAAGACGUUGGCAACAAAACUACUUUUCGGGUGGUGGCUCACUCUAGCGUUUACAGGGUGCUACGGCGGCCACAAGAGUUUCUGAGUCGAGCUCCAGGCCAGACGCUAAUAUUUUGGGGUCCCCCUAGCAAAAUGCAGCAGAACAGCAAGACGAACCUGUAUCACAUCAUUCAGCGAGCAAGCUCUGCGUUUCCCAACGUAUCUGCCUUCAUAGUGUCACCUCGAAAUAUGGGGCGGUUUGAUGACCUAUUCAGGGCAGAAACUGGGAGAGACAGGGAGAAAUCUCACUCGUGGUUGAGUACAGGAUGGUUUACUAUGGUGAUUGCAGUGGAACUGUGUAAUAACGUACAUGUAUACGGCAUGGUACCCCCAAACUACUGCAGUAAACGCCAGCGUAAGAUGCCAUACCAUUAUUAUGAGCCAAGAGGUUCGGAUGAGUGCACUACGUACAUACAGAAUGAAAGAGGGCGCAGAGGAAACCAUCAUCGCUUCAUCACAGAGAAAUUGGUGUUUGCCCGCUGGGCACCUGUGUACAACAUCACUUUUUCUCACCCGCAGUGGUUCAGCAGUUCAGAAACUGGAUUUAAUUAACUUAGUACCCCUGCAUAGGAAAGGCGCUCCCUUGUCUGUCCCACUCUCGCCUUCGCUGGUGUCGUUAUGUUUAUGGCGUUACGUGUACCACAGCUUGAUAAGCUUGAGCGACAUGGGAUGCUGUCUCAUUUAAUCUUCCUAGGGUGGUCCAUGUUCUGGGACAAGUCCUCUCUUUGGGGCUGGAAAAAUUAGCUUGCGUAUUGCAGAGGAUUCUGGGAGAUCAAUUUCUGCUCGUGAUAGCUCAAUAGUUGGUACACAUGGAAGGUAUUUUUCAGCUCUAAAUUUCAACGUGCAAACAAGAAGUAUUAAGCAUUACUGAGUAUUUUGUCCGUAUAUAGUGAUUACAGCUUAUUUUGACCCUUGAUUAGAAAAGCCUUUUCACAGCAACCUAUGGCAGAGAGCCUCCGAUUGUCAAAGGCUAAAGGAGAAUGGUAGUUUUAUUUCACACGUAUACCAGAGCUUUCUUGCAAUCCCAGUUCAUUGUAGCUGCACGAUCUCUUUCUUCUUGUGACAAAAUAUGGACUAACUUCGCAUCCUGGGGCUGAAGAUACCAAGGCUAGAAAUUGGUUGGCCGUAGAUUACAUCAUACAUGCAGUAUCCUUGAGUUCUUAAUAUAGAAUUCUUAUUCUAUAAUAAAUAGAAUAAUUCUGAAGCGCCAUUGAGAGGAAAUGGUACUACACCUGCAACAUACAAUAGGCAGGAGAAUUAUGGAGCGGAGACAACAAGAGCAGAGGGAAGGCAAUUAAAAAGGUGGAUGGUCUAAAUUUGAGUUAAUGCACUACAGUGCAAGAGGUUGCUAAAGAUGCUCUCUAAAGCAUCACUUAAAAAUGUAGGGAUUCAGAAUAAAAUCUGUACUCCUAAAGUAUUUAUAGCAAAGGAACAUUUGUUUGCCAG